GUACUUGUGGAGUGCGAUUUGCCAGGAGCCUAGGGCGCAUGCGCAAGAAUAGGCGGUUAGGUUUGAAUAGUGAAUCGGCGGCCUCAGCCGAGGCUGAUGGGCGCCGCGGGAGUAAGCGGCGGCGGCGGCGGCGAGGAGGCGUUGGUGUCUUGAGGGCUGGAUUUGGAGCGGAGGGCCACAUCUACACGAGAAACUUUUGUUGGUAUACUAAUCUUGGUUAAGGAAAAACUUGCCCUUCAGAAAUGGACAGGAUUUAUUCAGAAUCAAAUGAGGAAAAUGAUCAUACAGAAUGCAUCAGAAGGCAAAGGCUUUCCUCGAUUUUAAAAGCUCCGCGGAGUCCUCUCAAGGACCUUGGGAGUGGGAAUGAAUUCACUCAGGAUUAUGACACUGAGAAGCGUCGGAAGAACUCUCGCCGUGUCAGCUUUGCAGAUACCAUAAAGGUUUUCCAGACAGAUCUUCAAACUAAUGUGGUAGAGCCAGAAAAUACAGAGAGAGCAGCAAAUAUAAGGAAUCAAAUCCUAUUUAACCAAAAUGAAGGGUCUGAAACUGUUCAGUGCGAGAUUACUGGGAUGGACACUUUGCUUCAUGCCCCAAUCCAGACACCGGUGCAGCAGACUGAGUGGCAUGAUACAGACAACAAUCAAACAAAUAGAAACGACAGAACACUUAUCUUUUUGGAUGAAAAUGAAAUGGAUAUGACAGCUAGUCACACUGCAGUGAUCACACGUAACCUUAAAAGCAAUGAAGAAAUUGACAAACCUAGGAAAAUAGACAUCAAAUCAUUUUUAGCUGGGUUAACAUCUAAAAAUGAAGGGCCAGAAAUGAACAAGGAAUUUCGUUUUUUCUGUGAUCCUACAGAGGCAAAUUAUACAUGUUCGUCUCUUCAACAGAAGCCAGACUUUGAGCCAGUAAAGAAAAUAGAUUUCAGUGAAUUCUUGACAAGUCUGAAGUCAAGUGAAAUGUUUGCCAACCCCACUCUUGAAGGACCUGACAAGGAGAACCUGUUUUUUGUCCCUUCACAACUUCCAGAAACUAGUACAUUUUCUCCCGUGGAGUGUGUAUAUUCCCUUGCACAAGAGAACACCAGCAAUGUGACUAGAAUCUUCAGUGGACGAGAUGAUGGGAUGGAUAUUACAAAGUGUCAUGUAUCUAACAUUAAUACCAUGUUCCCCAAUACUUGUGAGGCCGUAUCAAAGCAAUUAGAAUGUGGUGAUGUAACUGUGGCUUGUGGAGAUAUGGAUAUGACUGCCAGCCAAACUGUAAAAAUGUCCCUCUCCAAAAAUAACACAUUCAACACUGAGAAACAAAGUCAGACCAUCAGAAUGGAUUUAUCAUCCAGUUUUGUUGCUGACCAAUCUAGAUUAAAGACAUCAUCUAACCAUCAAUUGAUUGUUCCACAGGACCCCCAAAGGUAUGUUGAAAAGAAAACUGUAAGUGUAGAAGAUGAGGAAGGUAUUACUCGAAGCCAUACUAUCUUGAUAGACAAUCACAAAGCAUCACAAACCUCUAAUCAAGGUUGCAGAACAAAGACUGUGGUUCCUGGAUGUGUUUCUUUUGAGCCCGUCUUCCAUGGUGAUAAAACCAUUGUCUUUUCCAGUUGUAAUGAUAUGGAAGUUACUGGGAAUUGUACAUUUGUAAACUAUAAUGAAACUUCCAAGGAAAUUGGCAAGUCUUAUUAUGAAGCUUUUCAAAAACCAGGAAAUGCCAUCUCUUUGCUAAUGGAAAAAACAGUUUCAAGAGAUGAUGACAUGGACAUUACAAAAUGUCAAAUAACUUCAGAUAAUCAAGUUCUCAGGCAAUGUAAAAACAAUGCACAUACAAUAUCUUCUGUGCCAGAUAACGGAAGUGAAAAAGGGAUCCAAAAUCACAGAGCUGCUUCUGAGACUCUGGGUCUAAAUUCAAGUGCAAAUCCUGGUUCUUGGACUUCUAAGGGCACAUUUCAACACAGCACAGUGACCCCUCUGCUCGUUUCACGGCCAGGUGACAAAACAAUAGUCUUCUCAGGGGACGAUGUGGGCUUGACUAGAAGUUAUAUUGCCAAGGAUGUCGAAAAGGGCAUUGCAAGUCAACUUCCCCCUGUCUCUGCUGGUAUGUCCACCUCUGUGAAAUUCAAACCUCAAAUUUUUGGUAACAAAUCUAGCUCUUCUAAUUUAAAUGAGCAGGAAGAAAUGGAAAUAACUAAAUGUCAUGCUUCAGUCAUUGACCAUCAAAACACUAGAAUAACUAAAAGCCAACAACAAAUGCAGCCUAAAACUAUUCCAGGAGAGAACUGGAACAACGAAGUGAAUGAAGCUGUAAGUCUUCUUCUAAACCUUGACAAGGAAAUGGGUGAUCACAUAGAUAUUAAAAGAAGCCAUCCCAAUCCCAAAACCAUUAUUUUUUCAUCACAAGAGCAAGAGAUGGAAGUCACUAAAAGCCACACCAUUGCUAGCAACAACUGUGUGCUGAAACCUUUGCAAAGACAAAACUGUGAAAUAUCUCAACAAUUGAGGAGAAGCCUAGUCAACCCUUCACUUGCCUAUACUAACAACAAAACUGUUUUUCCAGAUAAUCAAAGUAUGGAUAUAACCAGAAAUCAUACUGCUGUUCUUGACUUUGCUCCUAUUCUAGUAGCACAAGAAUAUGAGAGUACACAUACUCAGAACAAUGUAAUAUCUAAACCACAACAACUACAAAAUAAGACCCUCUUAUUUUCUGAUGGUUCUGAUAUAGAUAUUACUAGAAGUCAGACUGCGGCAAUAGAAUGUGGGAGUCUCGGAAUGAACUCAAAUCAAAAGAAUGACACUCCUGGAAAUAACCAAAUUCCAGCCCUUGCUGCUCCAAGAUUUGCUUUCACUUCUGGUGAUGAGACCCUUCCCUCUGAUAUUAAAGGAAAUGUGCAUUUUGGGAAGACAGCAGGAAUACACAUUGACUCAAAAAAUUCUGAAUUGCAACAGCAAAGCCAUACUAUGGCAGCAUUAAACAAGGUACUGUCAAACACUGCAAAUUCUGAGAGACUUUCUUCAACUAGUAAAGCAGCUUCACUUUCUUCAAAACAGGACUUCAUUAAAACAGCCAGAACAUCGAUGCAGGAUACAAAAAAUUCACAGAUGGCUUCUCUUUUGGAAAAGUCAGUUGUGUUUUUCUCUGAAGAAAAUAUGGAUUUGACUGGUAGCUGUGUAGUAAAUGUUCCUGAUACAGUUUUAACGGAAAGAAAAGAUACUUUAUUUCUAAAGAAAAAGGACUUGACCUCAUGCCCUACCAUUAUAGCUGCAGAUAGUGUGCAGCAACCAGGAUGUCACCAGUGCCCCUUGAUAUACGGCAAGAAGACGUUAAGCAACAAUGGCUUAAAGCCAUUGUCUCUUUCAAAUGAGAAGACUGUCAUAUUUUCAGUGGAUGAUGAUAUGGAGAUGACUAAAAGUCACACCAUGGCAUCAGACAAUAAAAUUUACCUACAAGGCGAGAGUUCAAGUAAUGUAAUACCCUUAAUUCCUGCAGAUAAAACUGUUGUAUUUACAUACAAUGAUGACAUGGAAAUAACUAGACCCAACACUGUUGUAAUUGAUAAACCUAUGGAAAAGGCUGCAUCCCAGACUGUGCCAGAACUAGGUAAAGGGACUGGAAGGAAAAGUCUGAUUGGAUCAACUAGUGAAAAGACUGUUGUGUUUUCACUGGGUGGUGAGAAUGACAUGGAGAUCACAAAGAGCCAUAUAGCAGCAAUAAACAGUGAAAUUGCCUCACAAGGUGAGAGAGCACCUCAAACCCAGUCUGUAGUUCAUGGAGAUAAAAUGGUGUUUAUGUUUAAUCAGGAUGAUUUGGAAAUAACUGAAUCUCACACUAUUGAUAAAACUAUGGAAAGGGUCAUGCAUGUGGAUAGAUUAAAACUGGAUAAAUGGGUUGGACAGGAAGCUUUUUCAAAUAGCAAAACAGUUGUGUUUGCGAUGGGUGAUGACAUGGAGACCACUAAAAUCCAUACAGUGUCCUCAGAUGAUGAUAUUGCCCUACAAGGUGGGCAAACCACCCACGUUGGUCCUGUACUUCCUGUUAAUGAAACCAUUGUGUUUACAUGUAACCAGGAUAAGAUGGAUAUCACUGCAUCUCACACUGUUGCUAUUAAUAGUAAUAAUCUUAAAGGAUCUGAGAACCAAGAAGUGUCAAGUAAAAACCACCAGCAGCAGAAUUUAUGUAGAACAUCGGCCCCUACAUGUGGAGAGAAAAUGUAUUUUAUGCAUGUAGAAGAUUUGGAUAAGGGAUGCCACUCAGAUUUUAGGGACAAACAUGGCCUGGAUUUCCCUGCUUUAUCAGUUUUAGUAUUUCCCUAUAAAAAGGAAGAAACAGAUACACUCAAAAUCCACAAUGUUGCCACGGAAAAGUGCAUUGGUCCUGUCACUCUGCCACUUCCUGAAGUCACUUUGGAUAUUGUUCAGGAACCACAGAAUGUUAUUAACCUUUCCAAGGGCAACUCAAGUUCUGUAUACUGCCAGGAUCUGAAAAAACAAGUAAAACUUAAAUCAAAGAGAGUGUCUUUCAAGCUUCCAGAGAACCAGAUAGAAUCCUCGACUUACAAGAUUGAAAGUCAAAGAAAAGAAGUUGCUGAGAAUAGCCUCUUGGAUUGUGAUGGAGAAAAUGAUAAUGGUGUGUCUCAGGUUCAAAUUCCAGUCCAGCAGUCUCACUUAUUUAAGGAGAUCACUGAUAGUUUGAACAGGGGUGCAGUUAAUAUGUUGGAUACUGGUAGUAUAGACUUGAAAGAUGAUCCAGGGAAGUUGACUUCAUCUAGACAUGAACGCAGAUCCACAGAGUUAGACAUUGAUGGAGCAGACACUGUUAUGCUUUCUUACAAAGAGACUAAGGAAAAUGAGGGAGUGUCUGCUGAAUGGGAAAAACUUACAAAAGAUUCCCAAAAAGACUCUGAACAGAUUAAGCAAUUCUCCCAAGUCAAUGACAUUCCUGCAGAACAAGUAGAUCCCAGCCUUGUGUCUGAAUUAUCAGGUAUUGUUAACAUUUGUUCAAGGCUGAAAAAUUGUAGAAGGAAGUCAGAAGUUGUCCCAUUCUCUCAAACUGCUGCUGUCUCUAAUCUUGCUGACAAUUUUCCCAAAUUGGCAACACAGCCAGAAGAUCCUUUGAGCUUAGGAAAAGAUGUUGAAAAGGAGUCCAUUAAUGCAUUUUAUAUCAAAGAAGAGGAAAAUAUAUAUUUUGAAACUGGAGAUGCACCCUUAGACACAACACAUACAGAUAAAUGUCAAGUGAGAAAGCUACCCCUAGGUAUCUUCUUGCCUAAAUUGCCAAACAAAAGAAAUUCCACUGUUCCAAGUGUAGAAGACCUCAAUGCCAAAUCAGUGGGUGGAGCAGAAGCUCAGGUUCCAGAAAUAAAUUUAGUCACCAGCAAAACCUCUGACAACAUUUAUCCCAUUGGAAGGCAGAUCUUGAGCCCUUCUCAGUAUAUAGAUGAGGAAUUGCUUCCUACAUGCCCAGAGGAAAUGGAUUCAGUUGAGAUUAUAAAUUAUGAGCCCCUUGAUGGAACCUGUAAAGAGAUAAAUAAAAAAGAGAUCUUUCACAAUAAAAGCUGUCCAUUAGAGGAGCAAGAAACUUGCAACAACCAGAAGAGAGCUUGGGAACAAGAGGAAGAGGAACUCCAGAAAGGAAAGAAGAUCAAGAGGGCUGAGAGCUGGGAUGGAGAUACCACAACAGAACAGCGGGCUACCUCCAGUAUCAUUUUAUCUCAUACCCAAGUAGAAACUCAUGAGGGUGAAAAUCCUCCAAGUCUAUCAGCUAAAAGCCUGGAGAGGAGCAACUCUAGCAACAGCAGCAGUCUGGAUUCUCUUAAAGCUGACACAGAUCUUAGUAUGCAGCGAAGCAGUCAGAUGGAGACUCAGCUUCUCAUGGACAGUAUUUGCGAACAGAAUUUAUUUGAGAAAUUUCAGGAUGGUGUUAUCACAGUAGGGGAGUUUUUUACGCUUCUCCAGGUCCAUAUUCUAAUUCAGAAGCCCCGGCAGAGUCAUCUUCCAGCCAAUUAUGCAGUAAACACAGCUCCUACUCCAGAAGACCUGAUUUUCAGCCAGUACAUUUAUCGCCCCAAGCUGCAGAUUUAUGAAGAAGAUUGCCAGGUUCUCUCUCAGAUGAUAGAAGAUUUAAAGUUAUGUGCAGGAGUCCAGGAUAAACUUUUGGUGGAUGUGAAUAAGAGCCUCUGGGAGGUGAUGAGGACCUUCUCUGACAAAGAGCUGAAGAACUUUGGAACAGAGUUGAAUAAAAUGAAAUCCUGUUUCACCAAGAAGAGUAAAGUCCUGGCUCACAAGGGGAAAGUGAAAUUGUAUGACCAUUUGGUGCAGAACACACAGAUCCAAUGGGAGAAACUACAGUCAAGAAUAGCAAAAAUGGAUGAAUUCCUCAGGGAGAUGGAUAGUUGUCUUUUUGCUCUGGAAACGGUUACUAAGUUGGAAGAAUGUGAAGCAGAUAUCAGUGAUCCAGUGUCAGAGUGGGAGUCCAAAGUGAGAAACUCUGAGAAAGAACUUGAAAACCUCAAAGUCCAAGAAGAGGAGCUUCAAAGGGAUCUGUCAAAUCUGGAGGUUCAGAAGAAGCAGGGGUUUUCUGAGAUAAACCGUCUGAAGAAUAAAGCAAGUGACUGUGAGGAGCUCCUUGACAAAUACAACUUCACUGAAUGGGAGAUCAGUGAAUGGAGCGAUCAACAGGCAGUGUUCACCUUCCUUUAUGAUUCUAUAGAACUGACUAUUACAUUUGGACCACCAGUGGAUGGUGCUAUUUUCAAUCGCAAUCCCUGCAAAAAGAUUGUUGAUAUGAGCUUUGAAUCUCUGUUGGAUGAAGAAAAAGCUCCACUCUCAUCAUGUCUAGUCCAAAGGCUCAUCUUCCAGUUUAUUGAAAGUCAGGGUUCCUGGCAUACAAAAUGCACAACAAUGGACCACCUGCCCCAGAUGCUGCAUGAGGUCUCAUUAGUGGUGAAUCGCUGUCGACUCUUAGGAGAAGAGAUUGUGUUUCUGAACAGAUGGGGUGGAAAGUUUAAUCUUCUGAAGACAGAAGUGGACAAUACAAAAGUGAAGCUCUUGUUCUCCACUUCCACAGCUUUUGCAAAGUUUGAGGUGACUCUCUCUCUAUCUGCCAACUACCCAUCAGCUCCACUCCCUUUCACUGUCCAAAAAUGGAUUGGGAGCCUUGGCCAUGAUGAAAUUUCUGCUGUUCUGUCCAAUGUGCCACUGGGCACCAACUACCUGACGAGAAUGGUCAAAAUGAUUCAUCAUAACUUGCUCCAGGGUUCCCUGAUCAUUCACUAAAUCCACUCAGGUCAAUACAGUUCUCAAGCUGGAUGUCUGUCCUCUUCAAACUUACAAGAGUUGCCAGCUUCUUUCAGUGCUAUGAGAAUCUGAUUUAGCAACUGACUGUGAAAUUGUCCAAUAUUUAAACCACUGAAAUGAAAUCUCAGUAAGUCUACUACCAAAUACCUCUCCUAUACUAAAGCAUGCUGAGGGAAUGCAGAAAUCUCUGUAGAGCCAAGGAGGAAUUUCAGAUGGCUUCCAUUAAUUUGUCCCACUUUUCUCAUAUUUUUUUCCUCUUCCCCAACCCCUCCAGCCACUGCUGGUUUUGGUUUCCCUUUUGUUACACUCUGCCACAUAAAAGAAAUUCUAGCUCCUUUAACCACCAGAAUUAGCCUGGUAAUUUAUCUCUGGUCUGUUAUUACCAAGGGCUAUUGUCUAUCUUCAAAGGCUUGCAUGACUGGAAGUUAUUAUCACUAACUAGCCCAGAUUUCAAGUUUGAUUAUAUCAGCUGACUGGAAUGUCUCUCAGAUCACAGAAACUAUAAUUCUGGUUUCUGCUGCUUGACAAAAUUAUAACUUACGAAAUUCAUAAAUGUCACGCACACAGUUAGAAGCUUCUCUUUAAGGUUACAGAUCCCUGUUUCUAACCAUUGAUUUUGCAGCGCAACAGACCCCAAAGUCACAUGGAUCAAGUUGUGAACUUUUCAUUGUGGAAUUUGGUUCUAAUCAUUCUGCACAUAGAUCCUUUUCUAUUGCUAAGGUGUUAAGCUAUUUGAUGCACUUACUUAGGCUAGGCUCCCUAUUUCUGAAAGGGGUAAGAAGGCUAGAUAUGUAAAUCUGCUUUUGCUUAGUGUAUUCAGGAGGUGACAUGAUAGAUCCAGCCCUUCUGAACAUCUCCUAUCAAGCACACUUCUAGCACCGACCAUUUUGAUACUAUCUUGCUUGAGGUAGCUGUUUCCUUAGAAAAAAAACUCUGUGGUGAUUUUCAUUAAAUAGAUGGACUUUUCUCUGCCUAAACAGAGACCCAGAUAGUGUUUGCUCUGUUUUUAUCUGCAGUAUUGGUACAAAUGGUUAUAAUAGAUACAACAAAUCCAGCUAAACAAAUUCCAGCUAUCUGAAAAUGUCUUGUGAUGUGUACUAUGGUCUCAGAAACAAGCAGCUCUUUUAGUUGUAUUUCAGUCAAAUUGAUCAUGUUUUGCUUAAUUAUUUUUAUAAUUAAGUUUCUAAAGAAACUUUUAGUAAUUUUAAUGAAACUGCCACUACUAGAAUUUUUUGCUUUACCUUUAUGGGUACUUUAUGGCAAAACCUUUUUCUAAAUUUCAUCAUAAAUGCAUUUUUCUUCCAAAUACAGUCUCCUUUACCUGUCCUCCUUUUGUAUCCUCACUGGAAUAGGAUCCUUGUUUAGCAAACCAUCCAUAUCAUUGCUUUUCUUUAACUCUUUGUACUGAUACUGGUAAUAGAUAAACUAGUAACAAAUUCUAAACAUUUGCUGAAUGCCCUGGAGAAGUUGGUAUAUAAUUUGCCACAGAAAUCACUAACUGACAUCCUGUCUGUCCCCAAGUUUCCUAUAAAUUGCAUGAGCUGUAAUGUUCUAGGAGCCUUAAGGAGCAAUCAGUGCACUAUAUUUCAGUGUUAGUCUUUGUAGCAAAUUUUGUUCAUAGAGACUGAAUUCUUUGGUUUCAAAACUAGGAGAUCUGGAUAAUACCCUUGGCAUACUCUGGACUGUUUUAUUAGUCUUAAUAAAGUAUAUUCUUCAGAUUGUCGGGACUGAUAUGGUCAUGUCCUGGGUGUACAGACACUGUUCCUAUGGUGUUAAAGCAUCUAGCACUUCUCAACUCUCCAUUCUGUAGGUGCCUGACUGUUUCUAUAUGCCUGUAAAGUAUAAGAAUUUUAAAAUGUGUUUUCAGAUGUUUAAGCAUUGAUAUAUUUUUAUGAAGUGUUCUGGUUUUUCCAAUUUUUCCUUCUACAUAAGGUAGUGAAAAGCUCAUUAAACAUUUGUAUCAUUAA